AUGAUUUACACGACGCAGAUUGUCCGUCUCGAUGGGUUGACACUGGUAGCAUCAGUGGACGACGCACAGGCACAGGAGUUGGGCGAGUUAAAGGGAAACAUCAGACAAGUGAUCAAGAAGCUCACGCCCAAUUCCGAACCGCGAGCGUCCAUUGAAAGCGCCAAAUACUCUAUACAUUACGUGCUCAAUGACAACGUCGCCUACCUCGCCAUCACCGAACGCAGCUACCCGAAGAAGCUGGCACUCACAUACCUCGAGGAUGUGCGUGCAGAGUUUCAGACGUCUUACAAGCGCGAUGCGUAUCUGGAUCCUCAGCUCCGUCCGUACGCAUACGGCGAAUUCGAUCGAUUCAUAGAGCGCACGAAGAAGACAUAUCAGGACAGCCGGGCGACAGACAACUUGGGGAGACUGAAUGAUGAGCUCAAGGACGUCACGCAAGUCAUGACAAAAAACAUUGAGGAUUUACUAUACCGUGGAGAUUCGCUGGAGAAGAUGGGCGACAUGUCUUCAAGGUUGAGAGAAGACUCGGCCAAGUACAAGCGUGCAGCAGUACGGAUCAACUGGGAACUGCUGCUCAAGCAAUACKGCCCUUUCGCAGGCCUUGGCCUUGUGAUACUCAUUCUUCUUGUGUGGAGAUUCUGGUAG